AUGGCGAUAAUUAAACAACGGGAACCUUUAAAGAAAUUAUACAAAAAUACAAAAACAGGAAACAAAAACUCAGCAAGAAAUACCUAUCACUGGCUCACUAAGGAAGUUAAGGAUUGUUUUCGAUUAAAAGAGGAGGCUUAUACUGCUGCAAAGGGUAGCAAUAAAUCUGAUGAUUUGAGUAUUUUAGAAAACAGUGAAUGUGACCAAAAAGUCACACGCAGUUGCAUCGGCAAGUUCCAGUGUCACACAUCCUCAUCCUGUAUAUGGCACACAGCUCGAUGUGAUGGUACCAAAGACUGCCCUUCAGGAGAAGAUGAACUGGGAUGUGUGCGAGUCAGUGGGAAAAGUUCAGUGGUGCAGAUUUAUACAGCUGGUACCUGGCGGACGGUGUGUUGGGAGGGAUGGAAUGCUGUGCACGGUACCUCUGCAUGUAAGCAACUCGGAUACAGCAGUUACAUCAACUCCACAGAGCUCCCUAUCGCAUCCAUUGAGGAGAAGCUGAAGCUUAACUUUGUGGAAGUAAAUUUUAGCCAGCACAGAAUCCACAGCCCCAAGAUACAAAUGGUGAUCCCACUGAGCACCGAGUGUAAUUCAGGCAAGGUGACAUCACUAAAAUGUUUAGAGUGUGGCACUCGGCCGAGGUACUCGCCCCGAAUUGUUGGUGGCAAUCUCUCGGUGGUAGGCCAGUGGCCAUGGCAAGCAAGUCUUCACCUGGAUGGACAGCACCUAUGUGGAGGAUCCAUCAUCGCCUCACGGUGGAUAGCCACAGCUGCACACAGCGUUGUUGAGUUUAUAUUUCUCUCCUCGUGGAAAGUAUAUGUUGGAAUUGUAAAGCAGCCUCUGACUGAAAGUUCAUCCUACAUGGUGGAGAAGAUCAUACACCACAAGAAAUACAAAGGACAGAGCUACGAUUAUGAUAUUGCUCUCAUAAAGCUGGAGAGGCCACUGAUGUUUAAUGCAGAUGAAAUUUCUUUCAGUCUGAUGGCGGCCCAGGUUCACCUAAUAUCCAAUCACGUGUGCAACCGGCCUGAGGUUUACCACAAGAGGAUAAGCUCCAGAAUGAUUUGCGCUGGGUACCUUCAGGGAGGGAUCGACUCCUGCCAGGGAGACAGUGGAGGCCCACUUGCCUGCAAUGAGAACAACACUUGGAAGUUGGUUGGAAUUACAAGCUGGGGAGCAGGCUGUGCAAAUCAGAACAAACCCGGAGUGUAUGCUAGGGUCGCCGAAUACCUAGACUGGAUCCACGAGCACAUGGAGGCAGGGUUUGCAACAAAUCGUUCUACAACAGGCAGGCAUCAGAUUACUGCCCAGAGGGCAGAGUUGAAAAACCGAUAG